AUGAGUUCAACCAUAGUAACUAUCCCCAAUGGAGAUGGGAUUGUUUCCAACAAGAAUAAGAAAUUUCAAUUCUCUUUACGUUCUAUUGGUUCUUCUCUUGUAGAGGGAAAAUGUAAGCCUGACAUGAUAAAAGUGAUUCAUAGUGUCAAGGUUGGAAUUGCCUUGGUGUUGGUUUCACUUUUCUAUCUCCUGGAUCCUCUGUACGAGGAAGUUGGAGACAAUGCAAUGUGGGCUAUAAUGACUGUUGUGGUUAUCUUCGAGUUUUCUGCAGGUGCUACGCUUAGCAAGGGCAUAAAUCGCGGAAUUGGAACUAUGUUAGGUGGUGGAUUGGGGUGUUUGGCUGCAAUUUUAGCCGAUGAAGUUCACGGUAGAAUUAGCAGUGCCAUUGCUGUUAGCACUUCUGUAUUUAUCUUUGCUGCUGCUGCAACGUACUCUCGAUUGGUGCCAAGCAUUAAGAGAAGAUAUGACUAUGGAGCCAUGAUCUUCAUCCUUACCUUCAAUCUGGUGGUGGUAUCUGGUGUUCGUGCUGAUGAAGUGAUGAAAUUAGCCCGUGAUCGUCUUUCCACAAUUGGUAUGGGUUUUGCUGUAUGCAUAUUCACCAGCUUACUCGUCUUCCCAAUGUGGGCUAGCGAUGAACUUCACCAUUCUGCAGCUACUAAGUUUGAAAAACUUGCUUGCUGUAUUGAAGGAUGCUUGGAGCAGUACUUCCAAACAGUGGAUGAAAAGGGAAAAACAGUUGAUUUCACCACCUGCAUGACAGUUUUACACUCAAAGUCCAAUGACCAGUCACUGGCAAACUUUGCAAGAUGGGAGCCAUGGCAUGGAAAAUUUGGAUUCUCUUACCCUUGGGAGAAAUACCUAGAGAUUGGAGAGGAUCUUAGAGAGCUUGCUGUAACCAUUUUUUCAAUGAAAGGAUGUCUUCAAUCACCUACACAGGCCACAUCAACACUAAAACAGUCGAUCAAAGAACCGUGUGAAUUGGUAGGGUUGUCACUUGCAUGGACUUUGAGAGAGCUUGGAGAGAGCAUCACAAUAAUGAAAAAGUGCAGGGCCAAGGUGUUGAUAUUCCCAAAAUUGCAGCCCAUGAAACUAGAGCUGAGUCGAGUCCCAUUUCCUUCCAAGGUAGGAGAAGCAUCAGAGAAUGGUGAAGGGGUUGCCAUUGCAAGCUUUCUGUUCCAGUUGAUGGAGAUGGUAGAAAAGAUUGAGUGCAUAGCAUCUGACAUUGAUCAUCUCCAUUUGGAAAUUAGCAAAGUGCAAAUUGAAGCCAAGCAUAAUAUCAAUGACUGGCUGUGGCAUAUGGGUAGUGUAGUAUUGCGUCGGUGUUAUGUUGUGUUAGUAUUUAUCACCGAUCCUGCUACGGGAAAAUGGGCAGAAAUGAGAGUAUAA